UUUGUAUCUUCCUUGUGGUUAGCAUGUUACGAGCUACAGACAGGCUAGUGCUUUGAUAGUACAACAGCCCGAGCAGGAUCACCACACGUGCUCACAAAAAUGGCGGAAGAAAUAGCUAUCGAAAUAGAUAUUAAACAAAUUUUUAAUGAAUAUGAGGGUGUCUUCGAGGUACUUCCUGCUAGGAAACGAAUAUUGUGCAAACUUACAAAGCAUGAAAUACCAUUAUCACUAGAUGCUUUGAAAGACUAUGUGGAAGGUAAAAAAUUUAAGCGACUUUUUGCAAAAGUAAAGUCACCAAAAACUGUUGCAAAACUAGAUGACAAAUACAAGAACUAUUUUAUUCCAAGCAAAAAUAGCAAAUCCCAACUUUAUUGUACUUUAACAAAGAAGGAAAUUAAUAAUUUACCUCAUGAAAUAGAGAAGUAUAUUACAGGGUACAAAUUUAUGAAAGCUUACCAUUACCAAAAGAAUGAACAAGUCAACAUAAAAAAAACACCAAAAAAUGGAGAUACUGAAAUAAGUGUAGAUGAAGAUAUGGAUGAUGAAAUUGAAUUUCCUUCAUUUUUGAACAGUUCUGAUGACGAAAAUGAUGAACAGGAAAAAGAAAUCGAUGAAGAUGAUAAUAAUACCAUGAAAGAUGAAGAAAUUCAACCUGUCAGUGAGAAGGAGGAGGUAAUUAUCAGUAACAAUGACGAGAAUGACAAAAAGUCAAGAACUAAAAAACGAAAGCUUGCCAAAAAAUCUCUAAGCAAAAAGUCAUCAAUACCAGUUAAGAAAAGAAAGGCAAAGAACUUGUAGUAGUUCUAUUUUCCUGCAAUAAAAUCCUGUUUAGACGGACAUUGCGAAUCUUCAAGUCAGUGACAUCCCGAAACACUCAUAUAAAUUUAUGUGCUGUUGAUCCUGUACUCAUGCUACUAUUUUGUGGAACGUGGAACAUGAAAAAGUUCUUAUAACAGUCAAUGUAAUAUGUAUGUGAACCUGGGUUAUCAACAACAAUGGAUUUUGUUGGUGGUAUACUAGUAUAGAUGCUUGAAAAAUAGUAUGACUUGAAUUUCAUGAAGUUUACGAUAUACAUAUAUACAUCCUUGAGUGAUUCUUAAUUACAAAUUAUAUUUUAUAUUACAAAUAUUGAAAAACUUAAAUCACAAUUCACUGAGUCUAUAUAAUUUGUGCAAGAUCAGUUGUGUUAAAGUAUAGAUCCGUAAAAAUUCCAAGUCUUUAUUUAUUCUUAGGGCCUAAUGAAUCUUAUUUAAUUAUGUAUUCUUAAAAAAGCCUUGUGCAUUAGUUUUGUGUAAUGAAAGAUUUUGGAUUUCUUCAGUUAUAUUUGUUGACGUUGUACUCAUACUUAUGUCUGCAAAAUAUUAUUUUAAAAGCAAUUGACUUAUUUAUUUACCAGAAUAUAAUAGAUUGAUUUUGAUAAACUGAAAGGAACUAUGUUAUUAGAACUAUAUGCAAACAAUCUGUAUGUUUUAAAAAUAUAUUAGCAUACAAUACAGGGUCUUAAAUGAGGCAUAAAAUGAUUUAUAAGUUCUUUUUAAACAUGUGAACCUGGGAAAUAUAAAACAGAAAAAAGGAUUUUUUUUAAAUAUAUCAAUUUUCGUACUAUCAAAAUAUCUUUUUAUUGCUAAAUUAGCUUUUCCAUUCAACCCAAUUCCCAUCCUUAUUUGGAUCCUGCAUUGGAAUUAUUGUGUUUAUGAAAUACAUUCAGACAAAUGAUUUUUUUUCUAUUCUAUUGCAUUUUUUUUACAUUAAGGUUGCCUCCCGUGAAAAAUCAAGUUGAGCUCAUAUGAAAGAGCUUGAAAGGUUGUCUAGGAAUUUUAAUAUUUUUUCAAAAAUUCUUGAUUGGUUCUUUAGAAUUUGGUCUAAGAAGAUUCACUAAUUAUGCAUGAUGUCAUGAGUAUGCUCUCCAAGGGUGUUAAUUUAACAUUUUUGAAAGGCCAUAUAGAGUUAAAAAUGUUUUCUGGCCGUUCACUUUGAAGAUUUGUGAACAUUUUACAUAA